AUGACAAGCCACGAAGACGACCUUGAUCUCCUUCUCUCCCUUCAGGAUAGAGUUCUCGAGACUCCUCCCGCUUCUCCCACACCGGAUUACCUUUCCGAUGACGAAUUGUUCAACCAAAGGGACAAGCCUGACAUGUCCGUAUUCAAAACAGCCGUUCAGGAUUGCCUUCCCUACGAUCCCCCCAAAGCGCCCAAACCAACCAACAAACACCUAACUAAUGAUUCCCAGCUUGAAAAGUUUUCAGGCCUUCGCAUUAGGAACCAAUUGUUAACUCCUGCUGAGCUCAAGGAACACUUUUCAGACAUUCGUUUUGUUCGGUUAUCUGUUAUAAAGAAUUCGUUAAUUGGGGAUACUUUUUCUGGGAGUUGGGCCACUGUUGGUGUGUUGACUGAGAAGGGGAGUCAGAAGGUGAGUUCAACAGGGAAAAGCUAUUCUAUAUGGAAAAUUGGGUGCCUGGAUGAAUGUACGGUUUCUCUUUUCUUGUUUGGAGAUGCUUAUCAGAGGAACAUGCAAGAGCAAGCGGGAACGGUCUUUGCACUGUUUAACUGUACUGUUCGCAAGGACAAUGCGGGUAAUGGUUUUUCCUUGAGCAUAUACUCCACUAGACAAAUUAUGAAGAUGGGCACCUCUGUUGAUUAUGGAGUUUGCAAAGGGAAACGAUCAGAUGGGAUGGCUUGUACGCUGGUCAUAAAUAAACGUCAUGGGACAUAUUGUAAAUAUCAUAAAUCGAAAGCAUCAGAGAAGUAUUCCACGAUGCGAAGUGAACUCAAAGGAGGAAACUUAAGAACAGCGUUUAGGCCUAAGGAUUACCUCAAAUCCGAAGGAAUUUACUUAGUUGACCCUCUUGCUGACAAAUCAAACUUAAAAAAGUCUCAGCCAGUGAAACUAUUGUCCGUGGAUGGUCUCAGAAAGGCAUUGAGCAAUGCUGGAAAAGUGACAACAUCAACUCAUUCUCAAGGGAUUAGGUUUCUUUCUCAGCUUGCAGCCAAGUCAGAUCCAAAACUGAAGAAUAAAGGACCAAAGAUUCCAAAUGAACAAAACAAAAGCACGGAGAAGAGGAAAUCAUCUUUUCCCAGUGUGGGAUCAUCUUCAGUCAUGAGAAACCGACAGUUGGAUGGAAAAAGAAUAAAACCAGACGCGCAGGUUUUGGCUGCUAAAACCCCAAAGAGUACAGAAAAGAUGAUUGAAUUAGAUUUUGUUAGCUCGGAUGAAGACUUAUGA